UUUUGAUAAAACUAUAUUUGUAUUUGAGAUUUUGGGGCUACUGUCCCAUUUUGGGUCUCUGGAGAUUUCCAGGAUUUUCUCCAUCUUUAGCUCUAUGAGGAAUCUCUUCGUGUCUGAAUCUUACAAGGAGACCCAAAUCCAUACAUUUAAUCCUCAGCCGUGGCUUCAAGUGGAGAGAGGAAAACAGUCAAAAGCCAGUCCACAGUCCCCUUCUUCCAUUGAAUCCCUUAUUAAGGUUGCAGAGCCACCACUGCUCCCACUCUUCAAGCCUAUUCACUAUGUGGAAGUAUUAGCUCAGAUCCAUGAAGAGCUCGAGUCCUGCCCACCGCAUGAGAGAUCGAAACUGUACUUGCUACAGUUUCAGGUAUUUAAGGGUCUCGGGGAGCAGAAAUUGCUCCAAAGAAGCCUCCGUUCUGCUUUAGAGAUGGCAACCACAGUUCACGAGCGGCUCAUAUUUGGAGCUUGGUUAAAAUAUGAGAAACAAGGAGAAGAACCAAUCUCAGAUCUUCUCGCAUCUUGCGGAAAGUGUUCUCAGGAAUUCGAGAAGCUGGAUAUUUCUUCUCAAAUCCCUACAGAGACAAUCGAGACAGGAUGUAGUUGUACUUCUGAUACAUCACAUGCUUCGACUUCAGUAUCUUUCCAAAUAGGAGAAGAAAAGAUAAGCUGUGAUCGGCAAAAAAUCGCAGCUUUAUCUACUCCUUUCCACACCAUGCUUAAUGGGUGUUUCACCGAAUCAAUUCUUGAAGUCAUCGAUUUGUCUGAGAAUGGUAUCUCACCUAUUGGUAUGAGAGCAAUCAAUCAAUUUAGUCACUCGGGUAAUUUAGGUGAUGUAGCCCCAGAUAUUUUGUUAGAAAUUCUAAUAUUUGCAAAUAAGUUUUGCUGUGAGAGGCUAAAAGAUGCAUGUGAUAGGAGAAUGGCGACAUUAGUUUCGUCUAGAGAGGAUGCUAUCGAUCUCAUGGAGUGUGCACUUGAAGAAAAUUCUCCUGUUCUCGCCGCUUCAUGUCUUCAAGUGUUCUUGCACGACUUACCCGAUUGUUUAAAUGAUAAGGAGGUAGUCAAGAUUUUCUCUGGUGUUAAUGAAAGAGAGAGAUCCAUUAUGGUUGGUCAUGCCUCAUUCUCACUGUAUUGUUUGCUGAGUGAAGUUGCAAUGAACAUGGAUCCUAAAUCAGAGGUCACAUCAAGUUUUUUGGAGAAGUUAGUGGAAUCGGCGACGGAUUGUAGACAGAAACAAUUGGCUUUACAUUGGCUUGGAUGUGUGAGGCUAUUGAGAAAGGAGAACCAUGAAGCAGAAAGGCUUUUUAAUGCUGCAAUUUCUUCUGGUCACAUCUAUUCUAUUGCUGGUCUAGCGCGAUUGGCUUACAGUAAGGGUGACAGAACUCUAGCUUAUGAGAAAUUGAGCUCAGUUAUAUCCAUCUAUGAUCCCCUUGGGUGGAUGUAUCAAGAGAGAUCUUUGUAUUCAGAAGGAGAGAGCAAGUGGGAGGAUCUCAAUAAGGCCACUGAGUUAGACCCGACACUUCUUUACCCUUACAUCUUUCGAGCGGCAUCUUUGAUGAGAAAGCAAAGUGCAGAGGCUGCCCUCAUGGAGAUCAACCGUGUUCUUGGGUUCAAGUUGGCUUUAGAAUGCUUAGAACUUAGAUGUUGCUUUUAUCUGGCGCUUGAGGAUUAUAGAGCUGCAUUGUGUGAUGUGCAGGCAAUUCUGACGUUGUCUCCUAAGUAUCGGAUGUUUGAAGGGCGUGUGGCUGCUUGUCAGCUGAGGAUGCUUGUUAGAGAGCAUGUGGAGCAGUGGACAACUGCAGAUUGUUGGCUUCAGCUUUAUGAUCGGUGGUCCUCAGUAGAUGACAUAGGUUCUCUUUCAGUGAUCUAUCAGAUGCUAGAGGCACCGGAUGCUCAGAAGGGAAUAUUGUACUUCAGACAGUCUUUGCUUCUUCUUAGGUUAAACUGUCCUGAAGCUGCAAUGUGUAGCCUUCAGCUUGCUCGCCAGCAUGCAGCAAGCAAACAUGAACGGUUAGUCUAUGAGGGAUGGAUUUUGUAUGAUACUGGUCAUUGUGAGGAAGGCCUGUGUAAAGCUGAGGAAUCAAUCUCCAUCCAGAGGUCUUUCGAGGCUUUCUUCUUGAAGGCAUAUGCCUUAGCAGAUUCAAGCCCUGAUCCUUCAAGUUAUGCGACUGUUGUCUCUCUUCUGGAAGAUGCUUUGAAAUGCCCCUCUGAUAGGCUGCGAAAGGGUCAGGCCUUGAACAAUCUUGGGAGUGUUUAUGUUGAUUGUGGCAAGCUAGAUUUAGCAGCCGAAUGCUAUAUCAAUGCACUUAAUAUCCGGCAUACACGAGCACAUCAAGGGCUGGCCCGAGUACAUUUCCUCAAGAAUGAUAGAAAUACAGCAUAUGAGGAAAUGACCAAAUUAAUAGAGAAGGCCAGAAACAAUGCCUCGGCUUAUGAGAAGAGGUCAGAGUAUUGUGAUCGAGAGCUAACAAAGGCAGAUUUGCAGAUGGUGACCAAAUUGGAUCCUCUUCGAGUCUACCCCUAUAGAUAUCGUGCCGCAGUACUGAUGGAUAAUCGCAAGGAGAAAGAGGCGAUAGCAGAGCUAACGAGAGCUAUUGCCUUCAAAGCAGACCUUCACCUUCUCCAUCUUCGAGCUGCUUUCCACGAACACAUCGGCGAUGUUCAGAGCGCUUUAAGGGAUUGCAGGGCCGCUCUCUCUGUCGAUCCUAACCACCAGGAGAUGCUUGAGCUUCAUAACAGAGUUAAUAGUCAAGAGCCAUAGUUGAAAACAUGUGUUUUACUUUUUUCUUCCUCUUUCAUAACCUUUACACCCGCAAAUUUACACCUCUGUAAUCUAGUCUGUUUCUUUAAAAUUAUUUAUUGUAUCAUUUCUCAACUGCAGAGAUGCUGGCUGUGUAGUAAUUUUUGAUUUGUGAAUAAAAUGAGAAGUUUAAAAGAAA